GUGGAGAGAAGACAGACAGCUCAAAGAGGCGGGGAUGGAACCAGUAGAGUUACAGGGACCGAACGAAGAACGUCCCCUAUCCGCCGCCACCCUCCUCCAUCAUCCUUGUGGGUUGAACCGGUCCCGCUGCUGCCGUGGAAACACUACAAAUCCCAUCGUGCAUCGCGGGCGGCAGUGACCCGCUGCUAUUGGUCGAUUAGGGGCGGUUGUGUGGGGCACGUGGAGUGGCGCUGACCAAUUGGAAAGCAGUACGGCCCGCCGUGGCGGGGCCUGCUGUUAUAGGAGAUGGUCCGAGGACUUCUCAGGGCUAGAAAAUAAGAGCAGAGAUGUGCUGCCAAGGCUGUUUAAGGCUCUGGUCAGACAUUUGGAAUACUGUGAGCGGUUUCGGGCAUCAUAUCUAAGGGAAGAUGUGUUGAUGUUGGACGGAGUCCGGAGGAGGUUUACGAGAAUGAUCCAAGAUCGGCUCCAUCAUGCCAGUUCCUUGCAGCAGCUGUGACAAGAAGCCAGCAGUCCUCAGGCGGCCCAAAACAGGCCACUCCCUUUGUAAAGAGUGCUUUUUCUGGGCCUUUGAAGAGGAGGUUCAUCAGACAAUUAUAUCUGCUGAGCUGUUCCAGAAGGGGGAGACUGUCGGGAUUGGUGCUUCUGGUGGGAAAGACUCAACCGUUCUGGCUCAUGUUCUAAAGGUCUUAAAUGAGCGCUAUAAUUAUGGGUUAAAUCUGAUGCUGCUCUCCGUGGAUGAAGGAAUCAGUGGUUAUCGUGAUGACUCUUUAGAGACAGUAAAGAGAAACCAGCAACAGUAUGAUCUGCCUCUUAAAAUUGUUUCCUAUGAAGAGCUGUAUGGUUGGACAAUGGAUCAGAUUGUAAAGAAAGUUGGUUUGAAAAAUAACUGCACAUUCUGUGGAGUCUUCAGACGGCAAGCUCUUGACCGAGGAGCUAUGAUGCUGAAGGUAGACAAGGUUUGCACAGGUCACAAUGCUGAUGAUGUUGCUGAGACUGUACUGAUGAACUUCCUACGUGGAGACAUUGCUCGACUUCGCCGCUGCACUUCAAUUACCACAGGUAGUGAGGGAGCCAUCCCGCGCUGCAAGCCACUGAAAUAUGCCUAUGAGAAAGAGAUAGUACUGUAUGCUUACUUCAAGAAACUGGACUACUUUUCAACAGAAUGUGUGUAUUCCCCUAACGCAUACAGGGGCUAUGCUCGUGCUUUCUUGAAAGAUUUGGAAUCUAUCCGGACCAGUGCCAUCAUGGAUGUGAUUCACUCUGGUGAGAACCUGUCUGUAAAGGAGGAUGUGAAGAUGCCCACCCAAGGAACAUGUACCCGCUGUGGUUACAUUUCCAGUCAGCAGCUCUGCAAGGCAUGUGCUCUGCUGGAGGGACUAAAUCGCGGGCUCCCUAAACUUGGUAUUGGCAAGCAAUACAAAUUGCAUAACCGACUGCUGAAAAAGGAGCCGCUUACUGAGGAAGAGAAGAAACCUGGAGCUGUAACUCUAAGUGCACACGUUCAUUUUUAAACUCUGCAGACUAUUUGUUGUUGAUGCGGGAUAUCUUAUACUCAGGAUCCAAAUCGUGGAUCGAUUUGGGUUGGGAAGAGGAUAAAUUAAAGUUAGAGUACAUCCAGACCAACUUGACAUGUGGCCUAGUUGUUACCUAGGGCAGCUUGACUGGCUGUCAUCCCAGCUACAGUGUGGAUAUAACUUAAAACACAGAAUCACAGAAGCAUUAAGUACUGCAUAUUUUAGCCUUUUAGAUUCUACAUUCGUUCCAGAAUCCCUCUUGUUCACACCCCUUUUACUGGAUGUCAGGUCAUACAAAAAUCAUAGUUGCUGCCAGAGAGGUGUUUGAUCUCUGACCGAAACUGUCGUCAGUCCCUGCUCACAGUUGGGUAAAUUGAAUUCCUGGUCAUAAUCUAUUUUUAGGUGAUUGUGAACAGAUCUUUUACCAAUUUAGAAGUUUUUGUCUCAUUAGAAAUAACUGCUUUUAAUAUUUAACUGAGUUACAGGAAAAUGGGUGGAAGGGAUUAUAAUAUUGGAGGAGUGAUUCAAAAUGAUAUUUCCAUGAAACACUACCCUGGACACACACUAUCUGUGUUUAAUGUAGCUGGAGAUGCUAAAAAAUCAUUCCGUAUAGUUUUAUAUCUAUUAUCAUGAGCUUCUGGAUUUGUUUUAAUAAACAACUAUGAUUAUUGAUAUUGUAA